CAAGCCAAGCGCUCCUCAGGCUGCGGCUCAGAUACAGCGAAGCCUGUCGGGGCUAUGCUCCGUGCGGUGACGCGUGUCCAUCUCCAGCUUUUCUCGGGGACCACCUGUCCAGACAAGGUCUGAGCUCCCACCGCCUCCAGCUCAGUCGCGCAGAAACCGUACACGUGGUGACCUGCCUGGGGCCGGGUGCUGGGCUCCGGCUCCUCCUCCAUCCAGCUCGCUCUGCUUUCUGCAGUAUCACGUGCAGCCGCGCCGGGUGCAGGAUGGCGGCGGCGGCAGCCGCGGUGGGUGUCAGGACCCGGGACUGCUGCAGCCGAGGCGCCGUGCUUCUGCUCUUCUUCUCCUUGUCCCCUCGACCCCCUGCCGCCGCCGCCUGGCUGCUGGGACUGCGGCCCGAGGACACCGCGGGAGGCCGCGUGUCUCUGGAGGGGGGCACCCUGCGCGCGGCCGAAGGCACCAGCUUCCUCCUGCGGGUCUAUUUCCAGCCGGGGCCCGCCGCGCCAGCUGCGCCCUCGGCGCGUGUACCCGCACCCACCCUGUCCCCGGGGGAGAACGGCACGGAAGACUGGGCUCCGCGGCUCGUGUUUAUCGAGGAGCCCCCGGGCGGGAGCGGCGUGGCGCCCAGCGUGGUCCCCACGCGCCCUCCGGGGCCUCAGCGUUGUCGCGAGCAAAGCGGCUGGGCAUCGGACGUGGAGGUCCUGGGGCCCCUGCGCCCCGGAGGCGUGGCGGGCUCUGCCCUGGUCCAGGUGAGGGUGCGCGAGCUGCGCAAGGGCGAAGCCGAGCGGGGCGGCGCGGGCGGUGGCGGGAAGCUCUUCUCGCUGUGCGCCUGGGACGGGCGCGCUUGGCACCACCACGGCGCUGCGGGCGGCUUCCUGCUGCGCGUCCGGCCGCGGCUGUACGGCCCGGGCGAGGUCCUGCUGCCCCCCGCGUGGCUUCGGGCGCUCGGGGCCCUCCUGCUCCUCGCCCUGUCUGCCUUGUUCAGCGGCCUGCGCCUGAGCCUUCUCUCGCUGGACCCGGUGGAGUUACGGGUGCUGAGGAACAGCGGCUCCGCCGCGGAGCAGGAGCAGGCGCGCCGCGUGCAGGCCGUGCGCGGCAGGGGAACCCAUCUGCUCUGCACCCUGCUCUUGGGCCAAGCCGGAGCCAACGCGGCCCUGGCUGGCUGGCUAUACGCUUCGCUGCCGCCGGGCGUCGGGGGCAGCGGGGAAGAGUACAGUGAGGGGGGCAUUCACUUUCCGUGGCUGCCGGCGCUCGUGUGCACCGGCGCCGUGUUCCUGGGCUCCGAGAUCUGCCCCUACUCGGUGUGUUCGCGGCACGGGCUGGCCAUCGCCUCGCACAGCGUGUGCCUAACCCGGCUUCUGAUGGCGGCCGCCUUCCCCGUGUGCUACCCGCUGAGCCGCCUGCUGGACUGGGCGCUGCGCCAAGAGAUCAGCACCUUCUACACACGAGAGAAGUUGCUGGAGACGCUGCGGGCCGCAGACCCCUACAACGACCUGGUGAAGGAGGAGCUCAACAUCAUUCAGGGCGCCCUGGAGCUGCGUACCAAGGUGGUGGAGGAGGUGCUGACCCCCCUCGGGGAUUGCUUCAUGCUGCGCUCUGAUGCUGUUCUGGAUUUCGCCACUGUCUCCGAGAUCCUGCGCAGUGGCUACACUCGCAUCCCGGUAUACGAGGGCGACCAGCGGCACAACAUUGUGGACAUUCUGUUUGUCAAGGAUUUGGCCUUCGUGGACCCUGAUGACUGCACGCCACUCCUCACCGUCACUCGUUUCUACAACCGACCCCUGCACUGCGUCUUCAAUGAUACCCGGCUGGACACGGUGCUGGAGGAGUUUAAGAAGGGAAAAUCUCAUCUGGCCAUUGUGCAGCGAGUGAAUAAUGAGGGGGAAGGGGACCCCUUCUAUGAGGUGAUGGGCAUCGUCACGCUGGAGGACAUCAUAGAGGAAAUCAUCAAGUCGGAGAUCCUGGACGAAACUGAUCUGUACACUGACAAUCGGAAAAAGCAGAGGGUCCCGCACCGGGAGAGAAAGCGGCAUGACUUCUCCUUGUUUAAGCUUUCCGACUCAGAGAUGAGGGUGAAGAUCUCACCACAGCUUCUGCUGGCCACACACCGCUUUAUGGCCACAGAAGUGGAGCCCUUUAAGUCUCUCUACCUUUCGGAGAAGAUCCUGCUCCGGCUCCUGAAACAUCCCAAUGUGAUCCAGGAGUUGAAGUUCGAUGAGAAAAACAAGAAGGCCCCAGAACACUACCUCUACCAGCGCAGCCGCCCUGUGGACUACUUUGUGCUGCUUCUACAGGGUAAAGUAGAGGUGGAGGUUGGUAAGGAGGGCCUUCGCUUCGAGAAUGGAGCCUUCACCUACUACGGGGUCCCAGCCAUCAUGACCACUGCUUGCUCAGAUAACGACGUGCGGAAGGUUGGAAGUCUGGCUGGAUCCUCUGUCUUUCUGCCCGUCUCUGUGUCUCGUACCUUCGCCUUCAGCAGAGGGGACUCUCUGGCAGGCUCCCCAGUAAACAGGUCUCCUUCCCGCUGCAGCGGGUUGAAUCGCUCAGAGUCUCCGAACCGCGAGCGCAGCGACUUCGGGGGCAGCAACACCCAGCUGUGUAGCAGCAGCAACAACCUCUACACGCCCGACUACUCAGUCCACAUCCUCAGUGAUGUGCAAUUCGUGAAGAUCACACGGCAGCAGUACCAGAACGCACUCACAGCCUGCCACAUGGACAGCUCACCCCAGUCCCCCGACAUGGAGGCCUUCGCUGACAGAGACUCCAUCAAGACCCCGAUGACCCGGGGCACACCCCAGACCCCCAAGGAUGACCUCACCAUCACCCUCCUGAACGACAGGAACAGCCUGCCCUCCCCAGGUCGUCUCCAAAGCAGAGAGUUGCUGGCCUCGCUGACCUCCCCAGGCAGCCGCUCAGAUGUGCUGAGAAGUCCCGGGGAGGUCGUGUACCUGAGGAUGGAGGAGAUCGCCUUCACCCAGGAGGAAAUGGCUGACUUUGAGGAGCACGGCACAAAGCAACCCUCGCUGUCCCCUGCAGCUCUUUCCACAAGAGCAGCAUCAGAUAGUCAAUGUAAUAUCAACCUGGACACAGAGACCAGUCCGUGCAGUAGUGACUUGGAAGAAAAUGUGGGCAAGAAGUUGCUGAGAACCUUGAGUGGUCGAAAAAGGAAGAGGUCAGAUGGAGAGAGAACCUCUGAGGAAAACUCCAACUUAACGCCUCUGAUCACAUGAUGGGACCAAGACAGCAUUCGCUGGGUGUGUGAGAUUCCAGAGCUUUGGAGGAGAACCCACCCUCCCAUCCUCUGCUUCACCCGAGGCCUCCCACAGGUGACAGGGCACUCCACUUUCCUUUCCACCUCUUCACCCCCAGCUGUCAGUUUGGCAGAUUUUCCUUCUUUGCCUCCAGUUUGACUCAGAGCCUUGCUGUGGCCAGAACUAAAGGAGGUGCCUCCCACUGAACCUGCUAGAAAUGGUCUUGUCCACAGCACAGUCUGGGACUGGAGAAGAAAUGACCCCAAGCUGGCAAUGCCACCCUGAUGCCCUUCUUUGUUCUUUGGGACCCCGUGAUGCCAUAGGAUACCUGUGUCCUGGAAUUAAUCAUUCCUUCCUCCAGAAUAAAAUAACUUUCGACCAUAUUCCAUGCUUGGGUCAGCUCAAAAGGUGCCACUGGCAGACAGGUGGGCACAUAAGAGGCUGGAGUAGCAGGUGUGAGGGCUGGUUCAGGGAAUGGACCAUGAAUUCCUCCAGACUUCAGAGCAAUGGGACUCAGCCAUGUUGGCAUGGGAUGGAUGCUACAGCACAGAAAACUGUCAAGGACUGGUUUCCUGUUGAAUAAGGAUUCCAGCAGCUUAGGGAAGUGUGUCUCAGCUGGAAUGGAAAGAAUGUGAGAUGGAGCCUUGAGUCACUGUUUUUCCCAGGGAUACAUCUGUUUUGGCUCUCAAUCAGCAUCCAUCUAUCAAUCAAUAAAUCUGCUCUGGAAAAGGAGGAGCAUGGAGUAGAGAGACCCAAUUGGGAGCCAAAGAUGGAACUUCAGGUUUUAAGUGCAAAUCAAAGCAAAAACAAACAAAGAAAAACUUACCAGGAAAAAUUAUAAGCUGUUAAAGCAAGUUUAGCCAUGACAAACCAAAGAGUGCCCAGGCCAGCCAAGAAGGAUGCAAGCUCUCACAGGACUGCAGUGUAAAUUACACAAGAAUGUUGAAGAGUUACUCCUCUUUUUCAUCCAUUCCUACCCCCACUGCACACACACACACCCCUCCAACCCCGUACUCCACUCUAGCAGUUCAGCUAAGUGUACUUUAUUCCAAGAAUUGAUGAAAUUUCUGGUUUUUCACCUGAAGUUGGAGAUGCAAUUCCAAGAGUAACCACUAGAUGGCAGGCUGACCGUUCAUAACAACUUCCAAGAAUUAAAAUUCGUUCUGCUAAGGAACCACAGCCGGCCUUAGGGAAAAUUUGGAAGUGAAGUUUGUCCUUGGGACACCAGUCUCCCUUUCUGACCUAUUUCCCAUCCUUUGGUGCCCUCGGUCAGGUAUCCAGUGAUCCAGUGCUGCCUGCUGACUCUCCAGGCCAUUCCCAAACUUUUCCUGGUGUUAUACCAUCCAGGCUUCCCUCCCCCUCCUCCAAAGCAUUAGCCCCCACUUCACCCCUCCAUCCAUUCAGUCAUGGGAGUUAGGAAGAAACUGAUAACUCCUCUGGUUUAUUUGCAUCUCAAAAGAGAAUGCUUACUAACUCAAAGGAACUUUAACUCAGGGGUUCUUAACUUGGGGUUCAUCACCCCAGGGGGUCAUAGUGGACCUUCACAGCGUCCAUGAAACCCCUGAAAUUGUGUCCAUAAUUUAGCAUAUGUGUCCUUAUGUAGUGGGUGACCGACUUUUAUAAGGGGUCUUCACAAGUGUCCAUCAACUCAGCAGGGAAAGCUGAUGCCCACCAAGAAGUAGGAGUCCUGAGAAAGUCUUGGCACACCCUACACUCCACAGAAUUUUGUCCCUCCUUCCCUGCCAGAUGCAGACGUUCCAGACAGGAGGGCCACAGCAUGUGGAAGUGACAGACCUUCCAGCUGGGGAUGGCUUUUUCAGUAAUGUAUUAUCCACUUCAACCCACUCUGUGCCUGGCCUGGCCAGAGGCCCAGCAAUGCAUGACUUCUCAUAGAUAACGCCACAGUCACUCCCUCCCAACACCUGCUCUUGUCUGGUAGGAAUAAGCAAAGUGUCAGCUCUCCAAGGUGGGUGCCUCAGGCCCAAACCAGCCAACGGCGAGUUUCGAGCAACAACUGCCAUCUUGCAGUUCUUGCCCAAAUGGCCACUGCCCCAUGGGGGCCUGCCUGUGGCCUUCUUUCUUUCAUUACCCCUUAGGUCUCUGGGCUUAGGCUGCUGUUGCAUUACAUACAUCCCUUUGCAAAAUCCCUAAGGAGAGCCUGUCACCACUCCCCUCUCUAUCCUGACCCCCAAAGUUUUUCUUCAGGUUGAAAAAAAAGGUUUUAAAGAAGAGAGAGGAUUUUGAAAUAAAGCAUUUGUGAAAAGCUCAGUAAAUUGUAAAUAGUUUUUUAAUAAAAUGAAAAUGCCUUUCCUGGAA